AUGUACCUAGGUGUUGCAAAUUACUAUCAGAUCUUAAAAUAUUCAGGAGAUCUGAAGGAAAAAAGUCACGAAACACCGCAGCUUUUCACGUUCCAAAAAGUUGAGGGGGUCUUUGGGGCCCUUUCCCCCUCCCGGCCUAGAUACAUUGGCACACCACUUGGUCGUAUAGCUGGAAUAAAAUCCAAGAAUCACUAUGAGGCUACACCAAACACAAUACUUGAGAAAGUUUAUAAGACAGUAUCCAAGACUCCUGAUAUAAAACGAUUAGAUGGACUGGCCAAACAACUGGACUGGUCAGUUAGGACCGUAGAAAGAUGGUUUAGACGGAGACGUAACCAGGACAGACCAGCCAUGUUGGUUAAAUUUACAGAGACAAGCUGGAGGAGUGUAUUUUAUCUUGUUGUAUUCAGCUAUGGUGUAUCGAGUGUUCCUAUGCAGCCUUGGUUUUGGGAUCUAAGACAAUGUUGGCAUCAUUUCCCAUUUCAUACUGUAACAUCUGAGAUCUAUAACUACUACAUGGCUGAGAUGGCUUUCUACCUAUCUCUUAUUUUAUCACUCUUCACUGAUGUCAAGAGAAAGGAUUUUAUUCCACAGUUUAUACAUCACUUUGCAACAAUCUUCUUGCUUGGUUUCUCAUGGACAUGUAACUUCACCAGGAUUGGCUGCAUUGUUUUACUCACUCAUGAUGUGGCAGACAUAUUCCUUGAGCUUGCCAAAAUAUGUAAUUAUUUAUCAUCGCAUUCUGCAGCUAAUGCGUUAUUUGGAGUUUUUAGUCUUGUAUUUUUCCUCUCGCGGAUUUUAUUCCUUCCAUUUGGGGUGAUCUUCAGCUCUCUAUUCCAAUCUCUUGAAAUCAUUGGACCAUUUCCUGCAUACUACUUCUUCAAUGGACUUCUCAUCAUUCUUCAGAUUCUCAAUAGUUAUUGGUUCUUCCUCAUCUCAUGUAUGGUCUACAAAGCUAUUACCAAUGGCCAGGUUACCAAGGAUGCCAGGAGUGAUGUAGAGGAGAGUAGUUCAGAAGAUGAGAUGAUCAAUGAGAAGAAUGGUCAAAUGAAUCACAAUCAUAACUUCCCAAAUCAUAUCAAUUCCAACUACAAAGCAGUAGCCAAUCACCAUUGAGCAUCAUUUGAAUUCAUUCAAGCAGGAUGAAGCAUCGGGCAAUCUCGGUUUACUACACUUGAGUGCUAACCCUUUUAUAUUUCAUAAUUGAUACAGAACCUUGCAGGAAAUCACCUUCCAUUAUUUCAUUUUUUAGUCAACCAAUAUUUCAAGCCUACAUGAUGUUUGAACAGUGGUUAUAAGCUUUGUUAGUUGAAAUGAAAGAGGUUGAUAUUUUUUACCAUUUAAUGCAUUUUGUAUAUUGGAUGAUAUAUGUAUUCUCCCUCAAGUUUUCUUCUGUCUUUCUACCAGUAUGAUAUGAAACGGAAUAUAGAUUGUUAAAUGGCUGUCUACAUGAUACAGGUUGUACACUGUUGAAAGACAGCUUUUAUUAAUAGGUUCGGCUUUAAUGUAAGCUAACUUGAGAUUAUCUUCAAAGCCAUUCAACACCAAAUAUGUGUUAUACCAGUCGAUGUGAUUCAACCUAACCCCCCCCCCCGAAACCUUAUGAUGCUCUGUUUCUAUUGCUAUGAAUAUGUUACACUGUUAACCAGUUUGACAAGUUUGGUAAAGUAACAUCUUUGAUAGUAUCUGAGGUUGGCAUUUUUUAUAUCAGAUAUUUUAACUCUUUGGUGCUUUAAAUUAAGGAUUUUGUUCCACUAUCAGAUAUUAAUCAUUAAGAAAAGAGUCUGUCUUAUCUGUAAAGGAAGCUGGGAUAAAACAAACAUUUUUUUACAAAGAUUCUUAGGGGGUGUGAAAGUUAGAGUUAAUUAAGAUUAAUUGUUAUGUACUAGAAUGAUCAUAUUUGUAAUCAUAUGGUUAGAAUCUCCUGUAACUUAGGUUCCCAGAAAGCUAUGAGAGAAUGGCUAUUACUAGCCUUUAGACAAGGCCCUGUGUGUGACAUGUGUAUUAGAAAACUUGAGCAAGUAGUAAAAAGGGACUUAACCCGGAUGAACAAACAGAGCAUUAUGAUGAAACCUAGCUUGGAUUUCUCAUGUUAGCCAUCGUUCUAGGCUUGAAUCCACUAGUUUAGAGAUAGAAGCCAAUUCGCAAGCAUAUUGUUUGCAUCAAUGAGCUCUUUAAUACAGGAGUGAACAUAUAGUGGUUCCAUGAUGUCAUUCAUUGACAGUGCAUAUUGGCCUGAUGCUGAAUGACUGAAGGAUUAACCUGGUUCUAACCACUAAUCUUGAUUCAGCUAUUAUUUGACUAUAACCAUGUCACAAGGCCUUGUCUAAAGGUUAUUACUACACAGUUUUUCCUGUGAAUGAAAACACAACAUUGUCUAUACCAUUAUCUGUUGAUUGAUUGAUUGCUUAUAUUUCUUUGUUCAAUGCACCAGCUAUAAGUUUAAUAGGCAAUGUGUACAAAUGUAAAAUAGAAGAAAUUGAUAAAUUGAUCAUUGGGUUAAUGAUAUGAGACAAAUUUUAAUCAUUAAACAGAAUGACAGCUUAAAUUAAUGCAGGAGACCAUUAUCGGGAGCGAUUAAACUUGAUAAUGGUGGCCUCAUAAAAAGGUACAUGUAUUUCUUUGUUGAUUUGUAACAUCCUAUCCCAGUUUAGCUUGAAAUAAUCAAGGUUUGAAAGACUGCCUGUUCCAUGAGUAAAAUCAAAUGAAAAAGAAAAAUAAUAAAACCAGCAAAUAUUUAUUCAGGAACUGCUCCAUUACUUUGACAUCAUGUUCUACUUUCUAAACCUUUCCUUGCUAUAAUUUUACUUUACACAAAUUGAUAGUAUGGGAAUAUUCUGAUUUUUGGUCUCUUAAAGUUUGUCGUAAUGCUACAUGAUUUCUUUGUUUAAUUGAAUUCAUU